GGAAGUGGCGACGCUGGCUUCCCCAGAGUCUGCGGAAGGAGGCAGUGACGGCCCCGGCGGUGACGGCGGCGGCCCGGGGGGCGGCGUGGACGCCCGCGGAGCGGGCUGGGGCAUUACCGCGGGCCUCGACCCCGAAAUGGCGCUGCUGGCGGAGCACCUGCUGAAGCCGCUGCCAGCGGACAAGCAGAUCGAGACCGGACCCUUCCUCGAGGCGGUGUCCCACCUGCCGCCCUUCUUCGAUUGCCUCGGGUCCCCGGUGUUCACUCCCAUCAAGGCGGACAUAAGUGGCAACAUCACGAAAAUCAAAGCUGUAUAUGACACCAACCCAGCCAAGUUCCGGACCCUGCAGAACAUCCUAGAGGUGGAGAAAGAAAUGCACGGAGCAGAGUGGCCCAGAGUGGGAGCCACGCUGGCGCUGAUGUGGCUGAAAAGAGGCCUCCGCUUCAUCCAGGUCUUCCUCCAGAGCAUCUGUGACGGGGAGCGGGACGAGAACCACCCCAACCUCAUCCGCGUCAAUGCCACCAAGGCCUACGAGAUGGCCCUCAAGAAGUACCACGGCUGGAUCGUGCAGAAGAUCUUCCAGGCAGCGCUGUACGCAGCCCCCUAUAAGUCCGACUUCCUGAAAGCGCUCUCCAAGGGGCAGAACGUGACGGAGGAGGAGUGUUUGGAGAAGAUCCGCCUCUUCCUGGUCAACUACACAGCCACCAUCGAUGUCAUCUACGAGAUGUACAGCAAGAUGAACGCCGAGCUCAACUACAAGGUGUAGGCGCUCCCCCCGACACGCGGCCACUUGCAGAAACAGGCGAACCCGAAUCACUGUGAAUCAAGCCGGUGGGCCGCCCUGGCCCGCGUCCCCCCAAGCUGCCCAGGGUCCUGCUCGGGCCUGCAGGGGAUGGCCCUGGUUUUUUAAAAGUCCAUUUUUUUGGUCUAUUCUAAUGGAGCAAUAAAUAACAACCUGACUUCCAAAUCUCCUCCGAAUUUCACGGCAGCACAGACUGACUUUAUACCUUCAUUUCAGCGUGGUAAAAAUCGAUUAACGUUUCUAAUCAAUCAAGUCCUAGGGUUUUUUUUGUUGUUGUUGUUUUCUCCAACAAGGAACACGACUCUGGGGGAAUGGUGUCAUCCAUCUGACUUUAAAAAUAAGCACGUGUCCUCCUGGGGAUCUCACCGAAUGAUGUUUUGGGUAUUUUAAGGACUAUGAAGAGUUUGAUUUGAAAUUACGCAGGGCUCCUAUGGUGGGAUUUUUUAAAAAAGCAAACUGGUGUGCGUUCUCAUGUGGUUUGCACAGCCUGACCUCACAGCAGUGUCAUUAUAAACCCUGCUCUUUCUGACUGUCUUUUGCCAGACAGUUUUUUUUUUAACAGCUGAAACCAACCAGCAAGCCUUUGAUGACCAAGAGGCGUUUCUUUUAAAGCAAUGAGGCACAAACGAUUGGCCACAGAUGACUGUAUGUGAAUUCUUCUGCAGAAUUAUUUUCUUCAGGGACAGCUUUUCCAACCUAAGAAACUACCUACUAUGUGCAUCCUCUCGAGGGGGAGAGAUGAACCUUCCAGCGCUCAGACCCAAGGAAACGCCUCACUGCCUUAACUGUCCUUCCUGGUGUUAAAAAGAGCUGUAUUUUUUAAAGUGUUGGGGCAAACAGAGCAACCCCAAAAGAAUUGAUGUGUAUUUAAAAAAAAAAACCCAAUGAGGAACAAUUGGUGAUUUUUAUGCAGAAACUAAAUAAUCCUUAAUAAAUAAAUCUCUAUUUUGGAAUCA